AUGGGUAGCGAAAAUGAUAGUCAGCUGCACAUGUUCUUGUUCCCAUUCAUGGCUCACGGCCACAUCAUCCCCAUGGUCGACAUGGCCAAGCUCUUCGCAUCUCGCGGCGUCAAGAUCACCAUCGUCACCACCCCUCUCAAUUCCAUCUCCAUUUCCAAAUCAAUUCCCAAUUCCCAUUCUCAGAUUCAGCUUCUGAUCCUCAAAUUCCCCUCUGCAGAAGCUGGCCUACCAGAUGACUGUGAAAAUGCCGACUCCAUUCCCACCCCUGAUUUGCUCCCCAAAUUCUUCGCCGCCGCCGCGUUACUUCAAGCCCCUUUGGAGGAGGCUCUGCUGCAGCACCGCCCCGAUUGCCUCGGAGAAGAAGGAGAAGAGAUCAGAAACAGAGCCACAGAAGUUGCAGAGAUGGCGAGGAGGGCGGUUGGGGAAGGUGGAUCUUCGUUCUUGAAUCUUGAUGCUUUGAUCAAGGAGUUGAAAUCUGUGGCCUUUUAG